CACUGGUCAUUGAUUUGUUGCGUGUUGUUUAUUUAAAUGUCAGAGAGACGUCAGAGCGAUAAAAAUAGUCACUUUUUAUCGUUAUUACCGGCUUUGCAUUAAGGUGUUUUCAGUGCUGAUUUGUUCCCAAGUUUUGGAUUAAAUUUCAAAUAAAAAUCACUCACUUCAAUAUGACGCAAAUCACGUUGAUAUCGUCCAACAAAUCUUCGGAAGGAUUUCAAAAGAUUUAUUCGCAUCAAUCCAAGGAGUUGUCAUGCGAAAUGAAGUUCGCAAUUUAUUUGCCACCGCAAUAUUCAGCCGAUACAAAGUUACCGGUUAUCUACUGGCUUAGUGGCUUAACAUGUGACGAAAACAAUUUCAUUCAAAAGGCGGGUGCGCAAAGAUACGCUGCUGAAUAUGGCAUUAUUGUCGUAUGUCCGGAUACAUCUCCACGAAAUGUGAAUCUUGCGGGAGAAAAUGAUUCUUAUGACUUUGGAUCUGGAGCCGGGUUCUAUGUAGACGCAAUAACCGACCCAUGGCGCAAGCACUAUAAAAUGUUCAGCUACGUGACAGUCGAAUUGGUUGAAACUAUCAAUGUCAAUUUCACUCCGUUACCCGGAAAACAGAGUAUCUUCGGGCACAGUAUGGGAGGCCAUGGUGCCUUGAUUUGUGCUCUACGUAAUCCGGGAAUGUAUCUGAGCGUGUCUGCAUUCGCACCGAUUUCCAAUCCCACUAAGUGCCCUUGGGGUGAAAAAGCAUUCAGCGGUUAUUUGGGUGAAGACAAAGAAUUGUGGAAUGAAUGGGAUGCCACUGAGUUGAUCGCCAAGUAUAAGGGUCCAGCGCUGGAACUGUUUAUCGAUCAGGGGAGUGACGAUCAAUUCCUGAAACAAAAUCAGCUUCUUCCACAAAAUUUAGUUGAUGCAUGUGCCAAGGCUGGAGUAUCUUGCAUUUAUAAAGAACGAGAACAGUACGAUCACAGUUACUUCUUCAUCGCUUCGUUUAUUGGUGAGCACUUCGCUUAUCACGCUAAAUAUUUGACCAGUUAAGUAUGUUAGAGGAAGGUUUACUAAAAUGUCAUUUGUAUAGUGGUGAAGCCACUGUGAUGAUUUUAUACUUUUGAAAUAAAUUUAUUUUCGACUUGAAGUUG